AUGCCUCGUACUUUUGUCUUCCAAACGACCCUGCCUUCUGUCCUGGACAAGGACGAGGAUGCCGCCGCUGUGGAGGAGGGGACACGCAGCAACAACAACAUGGAGAACAUGGAAAUUGCUGGCGGCAACUCGGAUAGCGAUGACAGCAAUGGUAACAAUUCGCCUCCUCCUCCUCCGUCCAAGGCCAAGGCAAUGUCCAAUUGGAUCCGCAACAAGUUUCAGACUUCGUUGCACGAUGUAAAACAGAAAUUGGCCCAAAGCAUGACGGAUCCCAUUGGCAGAAGCAGCAGUGGUAGUGGGGAUGACAAAGAAGAGGCAUCCUCUUCCUCUUCGACCGAAUCAUCAUCACCCGCACGACCCAAACAACGGCGGUCCUCGUCCUUCCAAAACUUGUCGGGGAUUGAAGUGGAGAUUGAAUCCUCCACUGACAGGGAUGAUUGUCUCUACCGAAAACGAUAUCUCGACACCAUCUGGUUCCUCCAUAAGAAACAAAUCAUCCUCGCCGUUGCAUUCUUGUUUGUAUGGUUGUUGGGGAUCCUCAUUGGUGCUUGUGGCUCGGGACAGUGCCGUUCUUCCUCCUCCAGUCAGAUCGCAGCCAUUCAGAGCGUUGGAACCUCUUGCAGUGGAACGGGGCUAGACGAUUCUUCUUCUCAAGGCAGCACGGUUCUGGGCAACAACAAUUCAAACGACAACAAUGUGCCUCAGUACGACGAGGCACCAACUCUGACCAACAAACCUCCCAGCAAACCAAGCAAUAAUGAAGAUGAACUCGUUGCCACACCCAUUAUUACAAACCAAACCAACCUUUUUGGGCCCCAACGUCAUGCUCUUUGA